CUACUGUCCACGCAGACUCGUAAAGGCUGCUUCAUUGCAGCAAGUGCAGUCUAGUCUACCGACAUCCACCAAGAGGUACACGCACUGUUGGGCCGGUCUUGCCUAGUAAAGAUCGAUUACGCGACCAGGACAUGGGAGUGGAAAUAGAAACCAUUAUUCCCGGCGACGGAAGAACUUUCCCUAAAAAGGGGCAGACCUGCGUGGUGCAUUAUGUUGGCCUAUUUCCAGACGGACGCAAAUUUGACUCAUCCCGUGACAGGUCCAAGCCCUUAAGGUUCAAAAUGGGCAUGCAGGAGGUCAUCCGAGGCUGAGACGAGGGGGUGGUGCAGAUGAGUGUGGGCCAGCGAGCCAAGCUGACAUGCUCACCUGACUAUGCCUACGGAACCAAAGGCCACCCGGGCCUCAUCCCUCCCAACGCCACCCUUAUCUUUGAUGUUGAGCUCCUUGGUCUAGAAUGAAAUGAAGGCACAACUUUUUUUUGGUGUUGAUUUUUAUGUAAGUACACGAUGGGAUACUUUUGGACACUCUUUAGACAUGUUUUCUGCCAGGAAUAUACACGGGAUCCUAUGUUCAUGACCAUUUCAAUCUCGGCAACAUAACCCAAGUUUGUAUGGUACCUAUAGUCAAUGUAGUCCAUCACUAACCUGUGCUAAUGCAGUCAGAAAAUCACAAUUACAUAAUUACAUUACAUAUUUGCAUGAAAUCCACUUUGUUUUUUCCUCAUGUGCAGUACAAGUGGAGGAAGCAGAAUUAGAGUAUGGUUGGGUACAGUUUCAUCAAACCUACAACAAUUUGUCAGGUGCUGACUCUGCAUGAGUAUGCUAAUCGCUUACAAAUGAACAAUUAGCAGUGAUUGCUUCAACAGUGCUAUAUUUAGAAUGAUAUAUAUUUCAUCACUACAGUUUUCUUUAUUUCUUAUCAGUACAGUACUAACUGAAUUGAAUGUUAGGGGUGCAAAGUAGAGCCAAUUGUUAUUUGUAAAUGUGUUUUUUCUGUUUAGUGCCUGUACGGUGACCUCCAACACUCACCCUUGCCGAAUUUGCACACAAAGCCUUUCAUUUUUUUUGUCUUUGUCUUUUUUUUUCUAAAUAAUCUCAACACAUCUUUCAACCCCUGUUUAGAACACAAAACAGAGUUAAAAUACAAUUUGGUGGCAUUCACUAGAUUUAUAGGGGGGAAAUCCUUGAAAUAUGACCUUCCCCCUUCUAUGCUUUUGCAAAUGCCUAAAAUUGUGUACUGGUAAGUAUUUUUCAUGUGAUAGUUGUUUUCUUGUGGAUCAGAAAAUGGUGAGAUCCUGGUGAUUAUGUAUCCAACAAUAAAUGUUUAUAAAAAGAAAGGAGUAUAAGUGAAGAAGGUAUUGGUUGUGGUUGCUGAAACUGGUGAAGCAGCAGUCCUCUUCUGCACUAUGUGGUUUUACGCUGAUAUGUUGUAUGUAAAUGUACUAUGUAGGAUCGACAAAUAAAAAUGAAAGUACUCACCAA